AUAGAAAAAAAAAAAAAGACGAUUGGUUUUGUCUUUGGAGGGGUUGUUGUUUUAAGAUCUCUUUCUUUCCUUCUCCCCCAAAACAACCCCUCUUUUCAUCAAAAUAAAUAAACAAUUCGAUUUUUUUAGAAUUUUCUUUUGAAAGUAUUGGAUAUGGCAACUACAGGAAACAAGAAUAUCAAUGCGAAAUUGGUUCUUCUCGGAGAUGUGGGAGCUGGAAAGUCUAGCCUAGUUUUGCGUUUUGUAAAAGGCCAGUUUGUAGAUUUUCAGGAAUCUACCAUAGGUGCUGCCUUUUUCUCACAAACAUUGGCUGUCAAUGAUGUGACCGUGAAGUUUGAGAUUUGGGAUACGGCAGGGCAGGAGAGGUAUCAUAGUUUGGCUCCCAUGUAUUAUAGAGGAGCAGCAGCUGCCGUAAUUGUUUAUGAUAUAACAAAUAUGGCCUCAUUCACUCGGGCAAAGAAAUGGAUUCAAGAACUUCAUGCGCAAGGUAAUUCAAACAUGGUUAUGGCACUUGCUGGGAACAAAGCUGAUUUGUUGGAUGAGAGGAAGGUGACAACAGAGGCAACACAAAUGUAUGCUCAUGAUAAUGGCCUUCUCUUCAAGGAAACGUCUGCAAAGACUGCAAUCAAUGUCAAUGACAUGUUCUACGAAAUUGCGAAGAGGCUGCCUCAAGUUCAACCUGCGCAAAACCCUCAAGGAAUGGUUCUGACGGGUAGACCAGCGGAGAGGACAAUGAAUGCAUCUUGUUGCUCUUAAAAGCUUUCAUGGGAUUCUUCUACUCAGCCGACUUGUAUUUAUCACAUUCACCUCAGUCUCUUCAUCCUAGCUACAGGGGUGGGUCCAUCUCCUAGCUUCAAGGUGGGCCAGCCCUGUUCGUCUGAUAUUCAACUGAUUUUCAACUGUUUAUUCUUUCGUCAGAAGCUGUAAAUGAAUUUUACACAGGUGUUUUGGUGUAAAUCUCCCACGAGUUGGAAUGCUUUCCUGUU